UCACUUCUAUGUGGAGCCCCGGGAGUUUACAAUCACUCCCAGCCGAGGGACCAUCCUGCCCCAGGGACACCAGGACAUCCAGGUGACCCUGUGUUCCAACUCGGUGAUGGAGUUCUACAGGAAGAUGCUGGUGGAUCUGGAGGGUUUUGGCAAGGGAGUGGCAUCAUUGGUCAUCACAGCCAGAUGUCUCGUUCCCAAGCUGCAAGUGUCCCCCCACGUGCUGCAGUAUGAUGAGUGCCUCCUGAAGGUGCCAUAUGAGAAGAAGUUCCUGAUUAGGAAUCCCAGCCACCUGCCUGGCUGCUACGGGCUCAUUGAACAGAAACGCAAGGAGGACGCUGCUGUGCUCUACUCCAGCCCCAGGCCCUGUGGGAUUGUCCAGCCUCACAGCACUGCAGAGAUCCCAGUGCUGGUGGAAGUGCAGGCGCUGGGCACGCAUCGCACCAAUGUUCUCAUCGGCGUGUUCGGGGAUGAGAGAAACCCACUGAGAAAACAGUUAUGGAGCUCUGGACAGCUGGCAGAAACCUCCCCAAGCCCAAGGCUGAUGGAGUCUGGCAGGAUCCCAGCACUACAGCCCAUAGAUGAGCUUCACCCACCUCAAUUCACUCCCCAUCCACCAAAGGAGAUGAGAACAUGUUUGAAUUGCCCAGCGUCUCGAUGGAGGCACUUCAAGGCUGGAAAGCAGGAGGCAGCCACAGCCCUGACUGAAGAGCAGGAUUUGACCCAGUCUUCAGGAGUAGAGGCUUCCAGUAUCCUGCCAGUGUCAGGUGUGCUGCAGCCAGGAGAGAGCCAGCAGGUCUCCUUGCCCUUCUCUGGCCACCUCAACAGCAUCUCCAGUGCCACGGCGCUGUGCCACGUGGAGGGAGGCCCCAGCUCCGAGGUGCUGGUGCCCGGGGAGGCCUCACGUGCCAGCUGCUCCCCGAGCCCCCAGGAGAUCAGCUGUGGCUCUGGGGCACCUCUCAGGGAGAGAAGGGAGCUGAAGCGGCCGGCUCCAAAGCUUGAGGAGGAGACAAAAGCCUUGGAGGAGGAAGAGAGGCAGAAGGAGAAAGAGAAGCAGAAGAAAGAAAAGAAGGGUGUCUCUGUGGGGAAGGAACCUCCAAAAGCAGAGAAGGGGAAAACCAAACCCCCAGAGAAGAAGGAAAGCAAGGCCCCAGAGAAGAAGGACACCAAAAUCUCAGAGUGGAUGGAAACAAAUGCCCCAGAAAAGAUAGAAACCAAACUCCCAGAAAAGAAAAACAAACAUCCAGAAAAGAAGGAAACUAAAUUCCCAGAGAGGAAGGAAAGCAAGGCCCCAGAGAAGAAGGACACCAAAGCAUUAUUAGAGAAGAAGGAAACUAAAUUCCCAGAGAAGAAGGAAACCAAAGCUCCAGAGAAGAUUGAAAACAAACUCCCAGAAAAGAAAUACAAACCUCCAGAUAAGAGGGAAUCCAAAUUCCCAGCAAAGAAGGAAACCAAAGCUCCAGAGAAGAUUGAAAACAAACUCCCAGAAAAGAAAUACAAACCUCCAGAAAAGAGGGAAAUCAAAAUCCCAGAGAGGAAGGAAAGCAAAGCACCAGAGAGGAAGGAAUUGAAAAUCCUAAAGAAGGAAAGCAAAUCUCCAGAGAAGAGAAGCAAACCUCCAGAAAAGAAGGAAACCAAAUGCCCAGAGAGGAAGGAAAUCAAAAUCCCAGAGAAGGAAAGCAAGGCACCAAAAAAGAAGGAACCCAAAGCCCCAAAGAAGGGGGAAGCCAAAGUGCCAGAGAAGAGAGAGACCAAAGCCCCAAAGAAGAAGGAACCCAAAGCCCCAAAGAAGGGGGAAGCCAAAGCCUGAAAGAGGGAGGAACCAAAAUCCCAGAGAACCCAGCUGAGCUGGAGAAGAACUCUUUCUUUUAUUCACACAACUUAUUUUAUACCGUUUGCCAAACCUAAUGUGCAACUUUAGUUAGUUAAUAGAUUUCUUAUUAUUAGUUAUGCCAGUUAUUCUGUUGGAUAAUAAAAUAUAUUUUACUUGUGCAUCAAA